CCAGAGAGCUUAUCUUGACUUCGUGUACUGUCGAGUGUCGAGUGUUAAAACGCGCGGGCGCGAGUUAAGUCGCAUUUUGAAAUUCGUAUGAUAUCGACAUCGACAAUGCCACUCAAAUCCACUGCCUGACCAGUACCGGUUGCAGAAUUAAAGAAAUGUUCAUGAAAAAAGGCAUUACGGGUACUUGGGGUUGAAGUGUAAUUUCUGACAGAAAGUGGAUUUUUGGAUAAGACUGUGUGUUCUGUGGCGAGUGAUAUCUAAGCCUGUGUAAAAGUUAAAAAACAAAAAGCCCGGUAUUUGUGAAUAUUUAUCAUAUUUUGAAUAAACUUGAGUCAGCAAAAUGUGGAGAGAACUAAUUCUGAUAACCAGUGUUACCGGUAUCUGCUUGGGUGCUAGCUUAGAACUGUGUCCUGAAGGUUCAUCUUGUCACUCGGCAAAUGAAAGGCUUGAAACGUCGUCUUUCGAAUUCCUAAACAAAUACACUCAAAAAGAUUACAGAUCAAUAGGCAGCUUGAUAAUAACAAAUGCUUCAAUUAACAAGGUUGAUCCGAAACUAAAGUAUUUAAAAAAUUUAGUUUACUUAGAUCUGUCCUAUAAUAAUGUUCAAAUUUCUUCUAUUCCUACGUUAAAUAGUUUAAAAACUUUGAUAUUAAAAGCUAAUAAUUUAAAGAAUAUCAAUAUAUCACUCUUACCACAGAACGUGGAACAUCUAGAUUUAUCUGAUAAUUUGUUAAGCCAAAUUCCAAGAGAAUGGAGACUGUUGAAGAAUUUAAAAACGCUGGAUAUGUACAAGAAUCCCAUAGACUGUGAUUGUAAUAAUGUACUCAACUACGACAGAUUAAUUAAAAGUGGCAUUAUAGUACCAAAACCUUUAACGUGCCACUCGCCUUUGAAAUAUGCAGGAAAAGACGUUACUGCUGUUAAUUGUUCCAUAUCAGACAUUAUGCUAGAUGAUGAGGCUGAAGAAGGAUCUGGUGAUAUAGAUAUCUUUGAUGGAGCUAUCACUGAAACCAAAGCUAAAUUAGCAUUAUUUAACGAAGAAGAAGAGGAAGAUGACUCUUUAGACAAAAAUACAAUUGUUGAUGAUAAAGAGGACAACUUACUCGAAGCCAUAACUACAGAAGCGGUUACCACAAUAGAAGAAGAGGGUAGUGGUGAUACUGAAGUGGAAGAAGAAGGUAGUGGUUACGGAGUACAACUUCCUGACUCAGGAGUACUAGGAUGUAUGAUAAACUGUAGCACUCCAUCUCCACUUGCUCCAGAUUCCUCUGGUUCUCCCUUACCAAGUAUUUUUGACCAAUUCAAUAUUAUCUUAGAUGAUUUGAAUGUUUUUAAGGACCCAGUACAAUCAACAUCGAAAGCUCCUUCGAUUGAGCCAAAAAUAUUUAAAGAAAACAGUGAUCAACUUCAAGCAAGUAAAGACGUUGAGCUAAUUGAAAAUGGUACGAAGACGGGAGAAUUGGAAAAAGCCACCAUUGCACCUAAAAAUUCAACCGCCGUAUAUGCUGUACUAGGCGUGGGUGUCUUCUUUGCUGUCAUUUUUAUAAUUGCUUAUGUUAAAAAACGUAAUUCCAAGAGGAAUCCUAAAAACAGACGUGAACUUCCUGGAGCUUUAGGGGAAGAAAUGAAGCCAUUAGGUAAACCACCUAUAACCGCUUUGAAUGAGAAACCUGUUAAAGAUUCUUCGAAUAUAUCUGAACAAAUGCCUCUUAUAAAUGGUCAAAAUGGCAAAUCUAGCAAUGAUACCCCGAAAUUAAAGUCUUUUACUCCACUAGCUCACCCGGAAUUGCCGACUAAAAUAGAAGUAGAAGAUGAUAUUCCCCUCCAAAAUGGACCACCAUUCCCAAAACAAGAGGAAAUAGAACUUCGUCCCAAGAUGCAACCGGAACUACUGACUCCUCAGAGGGAGAGGGUUACAAUAAAGGAAUCUGAAAUUCCUGAUUCCAUUCCUAGGACGCCAUUGUUAGUUCAUCGCCAAAAAAAUAGUGAAGGUGAAAUAGUUACUACGUUGGUACCCUGAAAAGACUAGUGAUGUGAAUACCUCAGUAUUUAUUACCUAUUGAAUACCUUUGUGAUACAAAUUAACUUAUUUAGCGUCGUCGUUCCUACUUGAAAAACCACGCGAAUAUUGACGCUGUUUUUUUCGAAAUUUUCCUGGUUUCUCGACUGUUGCAAACUUUAUAUACUUACUUUAUAUAUAUAUAUUUAUAUUUGUUGCCAAAGUAAUUGAAAUGUUAGUGCGAGGUAUAUUGUGGAAGGAAUAAUACGUGUGAUUGUUAGUGUUUUUCACAUUUGACACGAAAAGUGGACUGUAUUAUAUUUUUUGAAAAACAGUUUCUUGUUAAGAACUGCGGUAAAAAUUCCUGGAUUUUUAUAUUAGUUUCCAAAAAUUAUUUUAGUCAUGUGCUGUAUACUAUUUUAAACUUAUAAUUAAAGUACGUUGUAUUUUAUACGAACUAAAAGAACUCAGUCAUAAUUAUUGUCAAUUUUUUACAAAAAUAUUAAUAAUGCAAUAUUGAAAUAUUUUGGAAGGGAAUAUUUUAUAAAGAGCCAAGAAUGUUUUUUUCAUAAAAUGGCGUUAAGCGAAGUAGAAACUGUCAUUGUAAUAUGACUGAUGAACCAAUCAUAGAACUUGCUUAGAUAUCUGAUUAAAAUCAUUACUGUAAUUAUAUAUACAUAUAAAAAAAUAGAUAUGAAUGAAGAAAGAUCAUUGACUUAUUGUUAAUUUUGGCACAGGUAGGUAUGGUUUGCUAUUUUUAUCCGUAUCUAAUAACUAGAUAUAUACUAUUUUUGUUCAUAGAACGUUAUUAUAUUUUUCCAAAACGAUUCUAUGAAUGAUUUAUUUGAAAUACAUAGCAGAAGUAUUUUCUAGUAUAUAAUAUUAUAUAAGGUGUCCUUAAAAAGAAACACAGGAUUUAAUUUAAGAGAACAUUUUAUUUAUGAAUUAUUUGAGAAAGUUUGACAUUAUUUUUUAAAGUACACACCUAUAGGUCAAUUUUAAAUGAAACGAUGUGGCUCUUUUUAUAAAAGUAGGGCACAAUCACUCUAUUAUUCUAAAAUAUCCGUUAUUAACUGUAACUCUUGUAGCAUAGGCUGUUCUUGUUGGACCCGAGAAUUUUUAUGCCUCACAGUUGUUCAUUUGGCACACAAUUCAAAUCCUGCGUUUCUUUUGGGACACCUAAUAAAAUAAUUCAUUUUUUUAUAACUAUAUUUAGACAUUUUGUUAAACUAAUGAAGUUAUUAUUUAGAGACUGUAUGGUGUUAAAAAGGAUUGCCUAAUACAUUUUUAUAGGUUUGAAUUUGAGUAGGACAAUAACACCCCUUUCCAGGGUGACCCAUAGGAUAUAUGGUGGAUUAUGCCUAAAUAUUAGUUAACUGUAGUUAAUGAAGGUUGAGUUGUUCAUUCGAAUGGAUCCUGUUCUAUUAAUCCCAAUUUUUUUCAGAAAUUAGAGCUUUGCAAGCACGCUCUACAAUUUAGCGACAGUGUAGAAUUACAGGAUAUAAACAGAAUGACUGGCUAUAAACGCCUUCGAACGAGUUAGUCUUGGGAUAUCCCUCUAGAACAUGAGUAUUUUACCCUCUAUCCAGUAGGAAAUAAUUCAAUUCUUGAAUGGUUCUAGUCCCUAGAACUCAGAUUCGGUUCCUCUGUUAGCGAGAGUGUUAGCUGUUCUGUUUCCUUCCAAUCCGCUGAGAUUCGGCAGUUAGAUCAAAAUACCAGCUUUACAUCAGCUACAUUGAAGUACAUGGCUUUAAGAGAUACCUGAAAGUUAGAAUGUUCUUAUAGUUUGGUUUAAAAGAGGGGGUUAAUCAACUUUGCUCCUCAUAAUUCUACAGCAAGCAUAUAUGCUUGAAAA